CAAGGCAAUUUAUUCCUGCAUUUACUGGCACAAUGCAGGGAGAGGACAAAGACUACCCCGAAUCUGACCUCGAGUUGACGGUCCAAUUAUUUCCUUAAUCUUCAGCUCAGAUCGAAACAAAAGUCAAUGAUGGUCUAAUUUUAAAUACAGGGGGGAAAAAAAGCUAGCUGUUUGGUGAGACCCUUCCUCCAGUAGUUGGCUCUUAACUUCAGUGGACGGCAGAAGUUAAUUGGUGAGCACCGGUCCUUUUCAAAAUAACGUGCACAUACUAUCAAAGGCACCACUGAAGGUAAAACCUGUGACUGAACAUCUUCAGAGCACUAAGAUGGGGAAGGAACUUCUCUCAAGUGUGAGUGUGAUCUUCUUUCUGCAAGUAUCACUGGUCUCUUCCUACAAACUAGUUUGUUACUACACAAACUGGGCUCAGUACAGACCAGAAGGUGGUAAAUUCUUCCCAGAAAAUGUUGAUCCCUGUCUGUGCACCCACCUGAUUUAUGCUUUUGGCAGCUUGGCAAACAAUGAACUCACUACCUAUGAAUGGAAUGAUGAGCCCAUGUUCAAGAGAUUCAAUGAUCUGAAAAUUAGAAAUAAUAAUCUGAAAACCCUUUUAGCUGUUGGAGGUUGGAAUUUUGGUACCACCAGAUUUACAAGCCUGGUGGCUACAGAGGAAACUCGAAUAACGUUCAUCAAUUCUGCAAUCAGUUUUCUGCGGACCCAUGGAUUUGAUGGUUUGGACUUGGACUGGGAGUAUCCUGGCUCCCGAGACAGUCCACCAGAAGAUAAGCAACGUUUUACAGCAUUGGUCAAGGAAUUGAGGGAAGCUUUUAAAACAGAAGGAGAGUCUUCUGGAAAGGACAGGCUCUUACUUACAGCUGCAGUUGCUGGUGGUAAAGAUACCAUUGAUGCUGGAUAUGAAAUAACUGAAAUUUCAAAAUAUAUAGAUUUUAUCUGUGUGAUGACGUAUGACUUUCAUGGGGCUUGGGAGAACAUUACUGGUCACAAUAGCCCUCUCUAUCGUGCGUCUACCGAUGAAGGAAAAUUUAUUUACUUUAAUGUUGACUUUGCAAUGAAGUACUGGAGGGAUGGUGGCAUCCCAGCAGAGAAUUUAAUUGUUGGAUUCCCAACCUAUGGACGUAGUUUCACCCUUAGCACCUCCCAAACAGGUGUUAGUGCUCCAGUGAGUGGGGCUGGUCAACCAGGCCAAAUAACCAGGGAGGCUGGAUUCUGGGCCUACUAUGAGAUUUGUACAUUUUUGAAAGUUGCUACCUCAGAGGUGAUCGAUGACCAGCAGGUUCCAUAUGCAUUCAAGGACAAUCAAUGGGUUGGAUAUGACAAUCAGCAGAGUUUUAUAACCAAAGUUCAGUGGUUGAAGGAAAACAACUUUGGAGGUGCCAUGGUGUGGACUUUAGACUUGGAUGAUUUCACUGGAAAUAAAUGUGGUCAAGGAGUUUACCCUUUGAUCACCACAUUGAAGACACUCCUUAACAUUAAUGAAUGUGGGCUAUCAACACCUUUUAGCACAACUACCAGGGUGACUCCCUCUACAGGUGGCAUAACUCCAACCGUUGUGACUAUAGCCCAUGAAUUUUGCCAAGGCAAGUCUGAUGGGACAUAUCCUGAUUACUCUGAUCGUAGUAAAUAUUACCAGUGUCACACUGGACAAACCUACCAUAUGAUUUGUUCUGAACAUCUAGUCUUCGAUGAAAAUUGUAGUUGUUGUAAUUGGCCUUAAUGAAUAUAUUAGUGACAAGUACAUUUGCUUAAAAUGCAUUGUUUCAAGACGUAAAUAAAUAAUUAAAGCAUACAAAAUGAAAAUAAACUUGCUGAUAGCCUCACAUUAUUGUAUUUACCAGAAUUCAG